AUGAAGCAAUUUGCGUUCGCGCCAUUGAUGGAAUCCAAGGAGAAGACCGGAUUAAUUGGGUGCGUUGGUGUUCAAGAAGAGUUUAGAGGCCAGGGUGUGGCUUCGCUUUUGGUAUCGAAGGCAAUCCAGAACUUGCAGGGACGAGGUGUGGAAGGUGUUUUUAUCGAUUGGGUUGCGAAAGAAGGUCUUUAUGAGAGACUAGCAUUUGAGACUGUCUUCGAGUAUGAGCAAUAUGUGUGGGGAGGGGCUCUUGAAGGGCGAGAAUACCCUGCCGCCUAUACGGAAUAUUUGGGGAAAAUCCGCAGAAAAAUCCAGGAUUCACAAUCGUUCAUGGAGAAGACUUGGACAGAAUGUAUUGGACACAAUACUGGAUAA